UAGGAGGGACUGGCGUUUGGGUGGUCAUGCAGUCAGAGAGUGAAUAAUGCAGUAAAUGCACUCUGAUCAACUUCAUCUGUAGCCUAUGUGUGAGUCUAGAACGAAAGACUUAUGACGGUCAUUACAGUCUCCGUGAUCUAAAAGUGAAAGGUUUAUCAUUGCAAGUCAAUUUAAAGCUGAUGAUUUAGCUAUAUUGAUGCCAAAGGCAAGACAAUAUCACCACCUUCCUCUUUGCAGAGUCUCAACUUCAUGCAUCCGUCACUUUGUAGAGGUAAUAUUAGUAGAUAAGGACGGGAAAAUCCCAACAUGGAACUUUUUUGCUUGGAAAAGGACUCAAACGUGAGAGCUCAGAGGGAUCCCAACAUAUACUGCGAUGAAAGAGUCUUGCAAAGACUUUUAACAGUGGAGGACAGAUAUGUUCCGCAGAGACCCUAUUUUGAUUGCGUCCAGAAGGAUAUUCAGCCUUUUAUGAGGCGGAUGGUCGCAACAUGGAUGUUAGAGGUUUGUGAAGAGGAGAAAUGUGAAGAGGAUGUUUUCCCCUUGGCUAUGAACUACCUAGACAGAUUUUUAGCUGUGGUUCCCACGCAAAAAAGUUAUUUGCAGCUCCUUGGGGCUGUGUGUCUCUUCCUGGCCUCAAAAUUAAAAGCAUGCCAGCCGCUGUCAGCCAGAAAGCUCUGCAUGUACACCGACAACUCCUUUACAUCUCAGCAACUGCUGGAGUGGGAGUUGGUGGUGCUAAGUAAAUUGAAAUGGAACAUGGUUGCCAUCACCCCUCUUGACUUUAUCGAACACAUCCUGCACAAACUGCCCUUACCCAAAGACAGACUCGCGCUGAUCCGCAAACAUGCACAAACCUUCAUCGCCCUCUGUGCAACAGAUCAGAGCUUCACCAUGUUACCUCCUUCCAUGAUUGCCACAGGAAGUGUGGGUGCUGCAGUAUCUGGCCUUCUGCCUGAACAGAGAGAACAAAGUCUGUGGAGGGACAAUCUGAUGGAGCUACUGGCAAAAAUCACCAACACUGAGGUGGACUGUCUGAAGUCAUGUCAGGAGCAGAUUGAGCAGUUGCUGGCCAAUAGCCUCAAAGAGAGUCAACAUCAACAAGCACAGGACGGCGACGCCACCAAAAACGGGACACAGUCUCAGAACCUGUCCUGCACCCCUACAGAUGUCCGUGAUGUCAACCUAUGAUGUCACUUCCUGUUCAUAUCACCACACUGCCUUAACAUACAAAUGAGAUAUGAUUAUUAUUUUGUUAUUGUAUUUAAGAUUUAUUUCAAAGCCACAUUAGAUGACUGAGACAUGUCAUGUUAUUGGUGCUGCUGCUGCUGCCUCAAAUCUGCUGGCAGUGGCAUUUUACAUACUUGAAUUUAAAUUGAAUCGGCCACAAAUCAUAAUUAAAUAAUGCAGUUUAUUGGACAUUAUAAAUUGUACUCAACAAAGAGCAUACAUUGUAUUGGCUAUAUAGCAUACAUCUGUAUUGUUUAUUAUAAGGAUUAUAUAAAAAUUAUAAUUAUUAUUACUGUAAUGCUUUUUUUUUUUUCUCCAGUAGCCGUUUUUUUAAACUUGGUAAAAUGGGGUCCGAGUGUAUUCCCAGUACAGGAUAUUUUAGAGGAAAGAAACUAGCAGAUUUUAUAUAUAUCAUAGGAUUUAUUUACCAAUGAAUCUCACUGCAUGCAAUAAGCAUAAAUAAUAAUUUAGUAUGCAUGUUUCAUUCCAUGCAAACUGACUAUAAUAAUCUCAGAAGCACACGGGUAUUUCGGUUGGACACUAAGUAUGUAGUGAAGGUUGAGUAAAGGUGUCGUAGGCAAGGAAGAAAAGAGGUGGAUUUUAGGAUUUAAGAUGGAACUGGAAAGUUCACACACGUGAUUGUAAGAGUGACUGAUGCCGAGGACAGAUUGACUGAUGAACAUGGUUCUGUAUCAUUAAGAUCUGUAAUCAUUUAUAGUUUAUUUAGACUAUGCUUUGCUUAGUCUUGGUUGUUGUUUGCUCAUAUUUAGCUGGUUUUAUGUUUUAACAGCAACAUGUGGGAUGGAAACAACGCUGAAGGGAUUUAAUGUUGUUUAAUAUUAUGAACGUUUUGAAAUCCUUAGCAAAAACACAAUACAAAUGCACUUUCAGUGCUCACCUCCCACUGGCUAUCCGUGGCAUACAAGAGGAGGGCAAAUGAUUUCUAAGGGCUUUUAAUUUGUUGGAUUGCUUUUCUUUUAAGUUAUUUUAGUUUUGGGGCUGGUUUCCCAUAUUAGGUGUGAUUGCGGGUUUUAGUUUUAAAUUUAGACCAAAAACUGAUCAAACAGUCAGCUGCCAUAGACAUGGUGAAGUUUUAAAUUAUAAGAUUAGUUUUUUGUUUUUGUUUUUUUUAGUUGUGUUGAAUUCAUGUCAGCAUAGAUAGGACAUCAUCAAAUUUAUUUCACUCUAUUUUUUAUAUAGACUAUAUUCUUUUGUCAAAAUAUCAGUCCUCUACUUGAACUGUUCUCAUAGACUAUGCCAAUAAUCUUUCUCUGCCUUCAUUAGUUCAUUCUUGCACUUUCUUAGGAAAUUGAUUUCAUAAGUCAGUUUGAAUUUUAAUAGUGGACCUAAAAGUUACUAUGAGGUGUUUGAGAAUGUUUACUUAAAGUAUAAAAUGUGUUGUGACAUAAGACCAAUGUGCCAUUCAAACACAACCAUACAAAUGAACAUGUUUGGGCUCCAAGUUUGAAUGAGAGUGUUUUGUUCAUUUUCGGCUGAAAUGUUUUUCACACGUUUGGCUUUCCAAUCAGUUUGUGUUUGUGUGCUAUCAUACCAAUUUUUAGGUUCUUUUAUUUCUAUGUAAACUUGGUUUGAACUUGUGUUCGAGUGCUGCUAAAAGAAAAAAAAAAAGAAAGAAAAAGAGCUAUCGCAUACCUUCAUUUGCUUUUCUGUGUUGCUGCUGUAUCAUAUACUUUGUGUUUUUGUUUCUGCUGGAGAUGGUGGUUGCAUGUCUGUUUUCUGUUUGCAUUCACACUGUCAUUUAUCUUUCAAAAUGUCUUCAUUGACAUUUCAUUUCAGACAAUGCACCUGUCCACUGCCAUAAUACCUCACAGUACUUUAGUCGGGAAGUACAUGGCAGAGAAGAAGGAUUUAAAAAAGGGGGGCUGGGGGGAACACUCUUUAACUAGUCUUCUUUUCUUUUUUUUUUCUUUUUUUUCUCUACAUGUUUUGCCUCCAUGUUAAUUAUUUCAUUGGCUUGUCAGAUUCACAAACCAAAAAGCUGUAAAUGUACUCCUUACUCCAGUCUGUUAUCAGAUGUUGGGUAGACUGGGGAAACACAUCAUUUCAAUACAAAAUAUGUCUUUAUUGUUUGUGUAUAAUGUUAAGGCAGCCACAUGUUCAUAGUGCCUUAAGAGGUCCAUCUCCAGACCCCAAUAUAGCCUAUCUAAAAUGUUCAGAGGCUUUUGAGCAAAGAGGCUUUUUUUUUUUUUUUUAACUAUACGUUUGAAAAAUUACCUCAUUUUGGCCUAUUACAAAUUCAGUUCAAUAAAUCCCAAUUCAAAUAAAUUAAUGUGU